GGAGCGUCGCACUGAGCGAACGUUCGCUUCACUAUUGUAACUUAACGCGGAAAUAAGCACCGAACCUGAUACUGAAGCAGAGAAAUAAAAUAUCAAUAUAUAUAAGUAGACGUGAAUAAUCUUGUAAAAUCGUUGAGCUUGCAACGAAGUUAUGAGAGCCGACGAUAAUGAAGAGAAUCUAUACCAUGAGCAGUUGCCGAAUGUGGGCACGCUUAUCGAAGAGAGUGGACGCAAGUUAUGCCGACCCUCGACAAUUGCCAGAAAAUUUCCAAUAAUCAGCUGGCUGCCUCGUUAUCGGUCGGCAUAUCUGGUGCAGGAUUUCAUAGCCGGCUUUACGGUCGGACUUACGACAAUACCUCAAGCCAUUGCCUAUGGCGUAGUGGCGGGCCUGGAGCCCCAAUACGGCCUCUACUCGGCCUUUAUGGGCUGCUUUACGUAUAUUGUGUUUGGUUCCUGCAAGGAUGUGACCAUUGCCACAACUGCUAUUAUGGCUCUGAUGGUCAAUCAGUAUGCCACGAUUAGUCCGGAUUAUGCGGUGCUCAUUUGCUUCUUGGCGGGCUCGAUUAUUCUUGUGUUGGGACUGCUAAAUAUGGGCGUGCUCGUGCGCUUCAUAUCGAUUCCGGUUAUAACUGGAUUUACGAUGGCCGCAGCCACAACCAUUGGCAGCGCUCAGAUCAACAAUCUCGUUGGCCUCAAGGGCCCUUCGAAUGAUUUGUUGCCCUCGUGGAAACAUUUCUUCACGCAUCUGCCCUCGAUCAGAGUCUGGGAUGCCCUAUUGGGCGUUGUGACUCUGAUCUUUCUGUUGCUCAUGAAGCAAUUGACCAAGAUCAAGUGGGGCAACAGGCUGGUCUGGAAGUAUCUCUCCCUGUCGCGCAAUGCAUUGGCUGUCAUCUUUGGCACAUUCCUGGCCUACAUACUCAGUCGAGAUGGCAAUCAGCCAUUCCGGGUGACAGGCAAUAUAACAGCGGGAGUUCCACCAUUCCGAUUGCCUCCGUUUAGCACAACUGUCGAUGGAGAGUACGUCUCCUUCGCAGACAUGAUAAGCACUGUGGGCGCAUCUUUGGCAUCCAUUCCAAUGAUAGCCAUACUCGAGAUUGUGGCUAUAUCCAAGGCGUUUUCCAAGGGCAAAAUCGUGGAUGCCUCGCAGGAGAUGAUUGCCCUGGGCAUGUGCAAUAUCAUGGGCAGCUUUGUGCUUUCCAUGCCGGUGACCGGCUCCUUUACCCGCACAGCCGUCAACAAUGCCAGCGGGGUGAGAACUCCCCUAGGAGGUGCUGUAACGGGUACCCUUGUGCUAUUGGCGCUCGCCUUUCUCACACAAACCUUUUACUAUAUACCCAAAACGACGCUGGCAGCGCUCAUUAUAGCAGCGAUGAUAUCCUUAGUGGAACUGGAGAGGAUUUCAGAUAUGUGGAGAUCUAAAAAACGCGAUCUCUUUCCCUUUGUGGUGACAAUCGUUACAUGUCUCUUUUGGAGCCUGGAGUAUGGCAUCGUCUGUGGCAUCAUAGCCAAUCUCGUCUAUAUACUCUAUAGCAGCGCUCGACCACAAGUGCUCAUAACGCUUGAGAAGAUCAAUGGCCACGAAGUUGCCCUGGUCGAUGUCAAGCAGAAACUGGACUAUGCCUCUGCCGAGUACCUGAAGGAGAAAGUUGUGGCUUAUCUUAACCAGCAGAAUUGUAAAGUUCAUUUGGCGGUGAUCAAGGGUCAGGAAAUUAAUUCAAUUGAUUACACAGUGGCUAUGAAUAUAAUAUCACUGUACGGCGAUCUUAAGGCACUUGAUUGUGAAAUGAUCUGCUGGAACUGGAAUAUUGGCUCUGCUGGCGUCGUAUGUCGUCUCAAGACUGAAAUGCGUUCCAUAUUUAAGUUUAACUACGAGCUGGAAGAGCUGAUCGCCUCCCACUUCGACACAUCGAAUACAGCGUCGACUGUCACCAUUGAACCUGCCCAGGGCCAAGUUAAUGCGGCUUAGAAGAGACCUUGGUCAUUC